CAUCCCUAUUAAUAGUUCCUUAGUGCCCUUACGACACCGGCACUUCCCUUCACCUGCUUAAGUACAGAGUCUUUAGUUUUUCCUUUCUUCCCUCUCUCUCUUUACUGUAUCAAUGGCUGAUAUGGAUCACUCUUCUGAUGAUAACUCCGUGGAUUCUCGGGAGGAUAGCAGUCAAGACUCAAAGAUGGAGUUUUCAGAAGAUGAAGAGACACUAAUUGCUCGAAUGUAUAACCUGAUUGGGGAGAGGUGGUCUCUAAUUGCUGGAAGAAUUCCAGGAAGAACAGCAGAAGAGAUCGAGAAGUACUGGACCUCAAGAUAUUCCACGAGUAGUGAAUGAAGUAGAAUCGGAUUGUGGUUUUCUUGUAUCUUGGCAAGCAAUCUUUAUAGCAAUUUUAGCGAUUUUGGGGGAAUUGCUUGGUUGAAGAAGACAAGAACUAAAAAUAAAUCUUGGGGUUUGAUUGUGUUAUUGUCUGGCCUCCUCUGAUCCACCUCUCUCCUCUCCCCUCGCCUACCAAUUUUCUUCUUUUGGGAUCUUAGUCUUUUUCUAAGCUAACGUGGUUGUAAUUGUAUAUAUAUGUUUGACUUAAGUUUGGAAUGUGAGGAUGAAAUUUUAUUGCA